AUGACCACAAUUUACAACAAGAAAAAGGAUCAGUUUAUCACGGAAUAUGUCAAAAAUGGCGUUCGCACUGGACUGAGUGACGUUGGAGGAGUCGAAAAAUGGAACGAUGGUGCUUUACCUUCGUAUGAGAACUGGGAUCCAUCAGGUCAAUCAAUAUCUCCCUUCUGUACCACACAGUAUAGCAAUGGAUGGAAGAAAGAAAAGCCCUCAGAUUCAAAGCCUCUACUCUGCGAAAAACCUGUCACUUCCACAACGAUCUGCGCAGGGCUCUUGGGAUAUGGUGUCACGGAAAAUGGCAUUUACGGCAAUUAUUAUUGUGACCAAGAAAAUGAUGGCGGAGGUUGGAUUGUUAUCCAAAGAAGAAAGGACGCAUUGGCAGACUUCAACCGCACGUUUUUGGAAUACGAAAACGGAUUUGGAAAUAAAAUGGAAAACUUUUGGCUGGGUAACAAAAUUAUUAGUUCGUUAGCAGGUAGCAAGAUGAGCCUGUUAGUUAAUCUUGUUUUGACCAAUGGUUCAAAAUAUUAUGCAUUUUACGAAACAUUUUCUGUCGUUAAAAGUGCUGGUUAUCGCCUUCAAGUAUCAGGCUACAAAGGAACAGCUGGAGAUUAUCUAAGCUACAACAAGAAUAUGAGAUUCAGUGCAUACGAUAAAGAUAAAGACGGAUCAUUAACUGACAACUGCGCAAACAAGUAUGGCAGCGGCUGGUGGUUUCAUAACUGUAGCCUUGCGAAUCUUAAUGCAGAAUACGGCCCAGAUAUAGGGGAUGCACUCCACAUCCACUGGGGACCUCUAAGGUCUAUCGCGUACGUCGAGAUGAAAAUCAAGUCAUUUGCGUCAAUUUCAAAGACAUUCUUGAAAACCGAAGACUCAAAUCAAAAAGGUUUCUCCAUUGUUGAUUUUGGUAAUGCAAAAAAAGUCGUUGUCAAGACGACUGAUAAGAACUGGGAACUUAUAUUCACUCCGCCACCAAGAACAUGGGUGCAUGUAUGCAUCACGUGGAGUCCUGCAAAUGGUUUGCGAUAUUACGAGAACGGAAGGCUGACUGCUUCCAAUGAUAAGUACAAACACGCAGCCAAUACUUUGGUCGGUACGUCUUUGCACUUAGGCUACAUUACAGGAGAUUCUCAAAAUAUUGACGACCGAAUAAAAAGGCUUGGACUUUGGUUCAGUGAACUACAGCCAUACGCCAUCCAAGAUGUUUAUAACUACGAUAAUUUCACCUUUGACGAUGAUAUUCAAUGUUGGAGCAAGCCGACAGAUCGACACGUGAAAAGCGUACCGGAUCCUUAUUAUAGUUGGAAACGCAAGUCCGGAUGCACGCCUAGCGUUGGUACCGGACCCUGUGCUGACCACACAUCAAUGAAUCCUCUGGGUUCAUACAUCUACAUGGAAGCAUCGUCACCACACAGCAGUGGCAGAUAUAGUGUCAUCAAAUCGCCACAUAUUCUUUCAGUGUAUAGAUGUUUGCGUUUUAUGUAUCACAUGCGUGGGACUGGCAAAGGUCUAUUAUAUGUGUCUAAAGCAUCAAAUACGCCUAGAGCAGCGAAAUAUUGGUCUGCGAAACAAAAUAACAGAAAUGAUUGGCAAAAAGCACAAGUUUCCCUUGGCAGUCCUUCAUCCUACGUUACCUUCUUCGGUAUGGUUAAUAAGAACUUUGAGAGUGACUUCGCCAUUGACGACAUCAGCUUCGACACGAAGCCAUGCACAACGAUUAACGACUGUAUUCCAUCUUGUAUGAAAGGCACAUCUUGUAACGUGGCCACCAGAACUUGUGAUUGUGGGAAACGGAAACAUGUUGAUGAAAGCUGUAGAAACAUAUUGCACAAGACAGUGUUUGUGGAUGCCGUACAUUAUUGGGCCUUUGAAGACCACACUUUCAUUGAAGACUCACGCGGAAACAAAAGCGGCAUAGUUAAUGGAAGUGUUGAUAGUAUCGCCCAAGGAGGUCAUAACUAUGCUGUGCAAAUAACUGGACAACCUAGCUGGAUCAGCUUUGGAGACUUCAGUCAAGAAUGUUUGGGCGACUUCAGCUCUUGUCAAAAUGGACUAGCUUUAUCGUUUUGGUUGAAGCAUUUUGUCAAAGUUGGAAAAGCUUUGAAACAAAAUUUUUUGACUUUAGGAAACGUCGCAGAAGGUGAAAGAGGAUUUGAGUUUGGAUUCGAUCCGGCCGUUCAAGAAGGUGAAUUUCCACUAAUAUCAGUCCGUGUCAACCUUCCUGAAAAACACUGUCAGUACCAGAUACCCGUGCAGAGCUCGGUGUGGUGCCACAUCGGAUUCUCCUUUGAAGAUACGACUGCACUGAGCGUAUAUCGCAAUGGAAAAUUGGUUGACACAGGCGGAACUCCAUCCUGCAUCAAUUACACCAGUAAAAAACCUCUCAGUAAUGAACUCAAAGCUGGUUUACCAACACAGGCAGCAACCUUCCAAUUAGACGAACUUGUGAUUUGGAAUAAAUGGCUGGAAGAGAGAGAUUACAUCUAUAGAUAUCGAUAUGUUACCGAUGGUUUGGAACAGAACAUUAAUCUAUUACUGAAGCUAAAAAAUGAAGUCUGGGAUGACCAACUAAGUAAUCUCGAAAGUAAGAAGGCUGUGAAUCUUGCAGAAAAGAUAAUAGAAAGUUUUCAAGCUAUGUUYGGCAACAGUUCUUACAAUGGGAAACCAGUCAAGGUCAUCAUUCACGGAUUUAGUCCUGGAAGCGUCAACGUCAACACAACACUACUGUUUGAAUCGCUAACCUACAAUGAUACACUGUUGUUAGAAAGGUGGUUAUUCGAACAAAACGCUCUAAACACUAUUCCUGUCAAUGUGCUGAGGAUCUCAUCAAACACUGUUCCAGACAUAUAUCCAAAGAUAACAACCAUCGGCAAGAAUACCUCAGCGGUAUACGUCAAUUGGACCAUUGGUGACUACACCAGUACAUACCAGUUAUUUCAAGGAUSCCGUAUCCUUUACAGGCUAACAGAUGAACCGAACGCUACUUUCAUGGUCCAUAACGCCAUUGGUGUAGAUAACUACACAGUGGUGCCCAACAUGAAAUUCACUGUCAAUUACACUAUGAGACUCCUGUUGUUCACGUUGUCGGGCGAUGGGCUGAUUUCUCCUAUUUUUUAUGCUACGACUUUGGAAGAUUUGCCGAAUGAGAUUCCUGGCAACACCUCUGCAAUGAACACAAGUUCAUCAUCGCUCAACUUUACAUGGUCGCACAUUCCUACUAAAAGUUGGCGAGGUAAACCACUGGGUUACCGGGUCAGGUACUGGCUUCCAGAGGUUCCCACGGACGGUGUGCUGAAUAUAACGGUAGCACCGGAAAAAAACAUCACUGAAAUGAAAUCCCUGAGGAAGUAUAUGGUCUAUUGCCUGACAGUUGCGGGCUUUAAUUCUGCUGGUGAUGGUAAUUACUCCUCUCCUGUGUGUAUAAGGACUGAUGAAAGUGUUCCCGACGCACCCCUUGACGACAUUCAACUCAAAAACAUAUCAGGCUUUGAAAUUCAAAUAACGUCCAAUGGCGUCCCAUUUCUAAAUCGCAAUGGCAUAAUUACCAAGUACGUACUUUACUGGACCUCGAGUGAUUCAAAAGGCACAGUGCUUUGUUUCAACGCUACCCUCAUAACYUGUGAACUCAAAGGACUAAAGCCUUACACUGCUUAUAACAUAUCGGUGACUUCGUACACACGGAUCGGUGUUGGUGUGAUCAGUAACUUCUCGGUAUUCAGCGAUGAACACGUACCAUCCUUGCCACCACGGAUCUUGUCUGCUUACAACACUAGCUCUAGCAGUAUACACAUCUCAUGGACAGCGAUACCAAGGGCGAACCAUCAUGGUGUUCUUAGAGGGUAUUACAUCGAAUAUGCCAUCAAGGGAUCCAAUCUUUGGGAARGAAGUUUCGUCUGUCACAGCCAGCUGUCUGCCAAUCUUACCAACUUGACUGCAUAUAGAGAAUACGAGAUUAGGAUUGCUGGGUUUACGUACAAAGGAAAUGGGAAUAUGAGUGACAGUGCGUUUAUUUGGACGGAGCAAGACACUCCCUUUUCGCCACCUGUGAACAUCACUGGGAAAAACCUCAGCUCAACGAGUCUUCAACUGCAAUGGAAACCCGUUCCUUACGAAUACGCGCGCGGCAUCAUUUUAUAUUACAAGAUUAUUGUACUCGGAUACCGUUUGGCGUACAGGAACAUUUCCAAUGACACUUCGUGGAAUGUCACAAUAAAUGAUGAAAAUAUAUUGCAGCACCAGUUUAAGUCAUUAGAAAAGUACACCGAUUACACCUUUCAAAUGCUGGCCUCUACUAUCAAGGGCGAGGGUAAUAUCUCUGAACCGUUGACAGUGCGGACUGAUGAAGACUCACCUUUUAAAGCACCAACAAACGUGACUCUAAAAAGUGACGUCUGGCAUUCCAUCCAAAUCGACUGGACACUAGUGCCGCCCGAAGAGAUACCUGGAAUAUGCAGGGGAUACAAAGUUUACUAUAUUCGCAAAGAAGGAUCAGUCGACGUGCUGAAGAAUAUGAUAAUACCACCUACCGCUGUAACCGUUACAAUUCCUUACCUGUCUGGUUUUAUAAUAUACGGCAUAUGGGUCUCUGCUUUCACGUAUCCGGCUAAGAUCGGCCCAAGUGCUAACCUAACCAUCAAGACAGAAGAUUGGUUACCUAGGAUUCCUCCUCCUGGCUUCACUGGUGUCCCAGUCUCUUCUACAAGUCUUGGUCUGACCUGGAAGCAACUCCCACUUGAACUAACCAAUGGCGUAAUGGUUGGCUAUGUUGUCGAGUACACUAACACCAACAAGUCAAUCGCGCAAAACGCUACUUUUCCAACAGAGCAAACGAAUACUUUGUUAACCGGCCUGAGAAAGUUUAAUUACUACAAGAUAAGAAUUAUUGCACAGAACGUCAACGGCUUCGGUAACUGGAGUGACUACAUAACUCUGAGGACCGAUGAGGAUACUCCAGAGAAGCCACCGACAAACGCCACAGGAUCUACAGCCAGCCCAACCUCCCUGAUUGUCAAAUGGAACCCAGUCCCCUGGGACUAUCGGCACGGUUUCAUAUUGGGCUACACAAUUUAUUAUCGACCUAUUUCCGAAGCUGAAGAACCUUUGCCUUAUUCUACGCCCAAGCAAAUCAAUGUUGCACCAGAUGUCUUGGAGUUGASUAUUGAUGGUCUGUCAUCUUUUACUGAGUACUCAAUUGAAGUUGUAGCGCAGACAGUGAAAGGAGAAGGAAUAAAAGCCUCUUCCAUUAUUGCAAGUACUUGUCGAUGCUUCGAGGAGAUUUUGACAAACUGGAGGGACUUACCUCCAUAURUUAGGUCCAACUUAACAGACGAACCACUAGGAAUGAUGCCUUACGUCAUCCACACCGCUAUCUACGAAUGCUGUAGGGAGUGUCCUUCUCAUUCAACUGGGAGGAUCAGAGUUAACUACACACACGACGGAUACGGCAACCCAGCCAACAAGUCCUCGGAUAUCCUCGUUAAGAGCUACAUUGAUGACCAAACCGAUGUCCAUUUUCCAAUAUUUGGGUUCCAAGAUCAGACUCAUUUCUCGAAGUAUUAUGCCUAUAUACCUAUCGUGCCUUCAGCUGGGGUAGCCUUUUUUGUUAACAAGGAAGGAGGUGCAGCUAGUCCGCAGAAUGUUGCCGGAGCAGUCUUCAGUUGUUGGCCUUUGAUCAUGUUUAAUUUGAUAAUGGCAUUCCUUGUUGGCCUAAUCGUUUGGUUGUUGGAUUCCAAAGAUAAUCCAGAUCACUUCCAUGGGUCAUUUAUACGAGGAGUUGCGAGUGGGUUUUGGUUUGCUUUUAUUACAUACACUACUGUUGGCUAUGGUGAUAAAACCGUGGUGAGUAUYCCAGSUCGCAUCUUCACGGUGUUCUGGACGUUGUUUGGUCUUGUGUCGUUUGGAAUCAUGAUGGGUGCCUUCAGCGCAGCUCUUGAGACGAUGACGUACGAAGAGACCCAAUCACCAAUGAUGCUGUAUGGAACAAAGGUUGCUGUAAUUGACAAUUCAUCGGAGCAUAGACUAGGGCUACAGAAGAAUUCCAAGGUUAACACAGGUAACCCACUGCUACUAAAGAACGAAUAUCAUGUGAAAACCUCGUGGUAUGGAUGUAAAGUGCUCGGAUUCAAACAAUAG